GGAGGGUGCGGGUGGUGCGGCGGUGUCGGCGCUGCGGGCCCGGGCCAUGGGCAGCGUGCGCUGGGCCUUCCCCUGCGGCGCWUGGCGACCCCGCCGCCGGGAGUGGCUCCUGGCCGCGCAGUUGGUGCAGCCUGAGGAGAAGGACCGCAUCGGCCAGUUUGUCUUUGCCCGCGACGCCAAAGCCGCCUUGGCUGGCCGCCUGCUGAUGCGGAAAUUAAUUGCAGAAGAGCUGCGCAUACCUUGGAAUGAAGUCCAUUUGCAAAGGACAUCAAAAGGAAAACCUUUCCUGGCCAAUAACUUACUUGGUAUCAAUUCAAAUUACAACUUCAAUAUCUCUCAUCAAGGAGAUUAUGCAGUCCUUGCUGCUGAGCCUGAGCUACAAGUUGGCAUUGAUAUUAUGAAGACCAGUUUACCAGGUAGUAGCUCAAUUCCAAAUUUCUUUCACCUAAUGAAGCGACAGUUUACUGAGACAGAGUGGGAUGUAAUCAAGUCAAUGAGUAAUGAAUGGAUGCAGCUGGAUAUGUUUUAUCGGCACUGGGCCUUAAAGGAAAGCUUCUUAAAGGCUAUUGGAGUUGGAAUUGGCUUUAAYUUGCAAAGAAUUGAAUUUAAUGUGUCUCCAUUGCAACUGGAAAUAGGGAAGGUGUAUAAGGAGACAAAAAUGCUUCUGGAUGGAGAAAAAGAAGAGGAGUGGACAUUUGAGGAAACCCGCUUGGAUGACCAUCAUCAUGUUGCAGUGGCGCUUGGGAAACAAGAGGGAUUUGUGCAGAAGGAUUCUGAUGCACAUUCCAUGGAGCCUAACCAACCACAAUUUGCAUUAUUGACUUUCGAAGAUUUAGUUGUAUCUGGUAUUCCAGUCACAGCUGAGGAUUCUUCGUAUUGGGACAAUUUUUGUUCAAAGCAGGAGAGCCCAGUGAAACAGAGUUCACAUUCAAGAUAAGACUGUGUAUAAGAAAAAGAAAAUUGUCAAUUUUUUAUGCUGUGAUUCUAUUUAAUUUGAUGUAUGGGAAUAAGUGCACAUAUGUAAAUGAAACGUAUCUUUCCUUAUUUAAGCUGACAAGCUGCCUUGCAUGAUGCUUCAUCAAAAUUGUAAGGAAGAUGUGUUUCCUUACUGAAGUAAUUUUGAAUGAAAAGCCUAAGCCAUCCACAUGAUUUUUUGUAUCUCCUUGCCUGUUGUCCUUAGACUUCAGUAAGUAUCCAUGCUAGGAACACAAAGCAAUUGUACAGUACUGUUGUUUAUUAGUCAAUAAGUGUUUAAUAUAUAAAAAUGUGUACAAUUGGUACAAAUUUUUAUGCUCUUACUGUGUGGUGCAGGGUUUUGCUCAAUAUUUGGUGUUUGUGUAAUGCGAGGCUGAAAAAGUCUGUCUCUUAGUAGUCUUGGAGCUACAUCUGUGCAAAACUGUUUGAGACAGGGAAUUAACUUACUUAAUUUUUCACUUCUAAUCUUUACUAAUUAAAGCUGCCUGUAUGAAUUUUAGUAUUUGUUUUUUAGCAAUUCUGUUUUGUAUGUUUUCCCUCAGCAAUAGAUACAAGCCAAGCAGCAGUUCCAUUUUCCUAGGCUUGCAUUCACCUCUGCGCUAUACUAGACAUUAAAUCAUGGGAGGAAACCCAAACAAAAAAACUUAUUUAAUUUUUUCCAAAUAAUSUCAUAACUCCUGAUGACAGGCUUUUUUACUAUUUUAACAGCAAAUGAAAGUCUCUGGAGAU